AUGGCGCAACGGAAGCUCCAACAAGAAGUCGACAAGUGCUUCAAGAAGGUCGCCGAGGGCAUGGCCGAGUUCGACGCCAUCUACGAGAAGAUAGAGCAGUCGAAUAACCCGGCCCAGAAGGAGAAGCUCGAGGACAACCUCAAGCGCGAGAUCAAGAAGCUCCAGCGCCUGCGCGAUCAGAUCAAGACCUGGGCCGCUAGCAAUGACAUCAAGGACAAAGCACCGCUCAUAGAGCAGCGGAAACUGAUCGAGACGCAAAUGGAGCGCUUCAAGGCCGUCGAGAAGGCCAUGAAGACAAAGGCCUACUCCAAGGAGGGCUUAUCCGCCCAGGCCAAGUUAGAUCCCAAGGAGCAGGCAAAGGUGGAGGCCAGCGAUUUCCUGUCCACACAGGUCGAGGAGCUAGAGCUGCAGAUCGAGACCCUGGAGGCCGAGGCCGAGGGCAUACAAGCCACCAUGAAGAAGGGAAAGAACCAGCGGGACAAGGCGGAGCGCAUCGCCUCCCUCGAACACGUCAUCGAGCGGCAUAAGUGGCAUAUAUCGAAAAUGGAGCUUAUCAGGCGGUCCCUCGAGAACGGAGGUGUUGAGGCAGACGACGUCAUGGCCCUCGACGAGAGCAUCCGGUACUACGUGACGGACGGCCAGAACGACGACUUCAUGGAGGACGAGGAGAUGUACGAUGAGCUGGAUCUGCAAGAGGACGAGGAGGUCUUCGGCAUGAACCACGAGGGCGACCGCGUAUCGUCACAAGAUACUCAAUCCAUACAGGAGGAGGCCGCCGAGGUGGAGAGACCGGCAAGUUUGCCCCCCAAGGCGAAACCCGCUGCCGAACCAACACCGCCCGCCGCACGAAGACCAUCCGCGCAACUCAAGUCACCGCUGCCGACUCUCGCGACCCUGAACAACCCUCUGGCCACUACACCAAAUGGCAGCACGGCGAGUGCUGCCUCGAUGAAGCCUGCCUCAUUACCGUCACGUCCCGCCGGGGAAGGCCUCAAGUAUGCCUCCGCCGCUGCCGCAGCAGCAGCCAGCGAAAAGAACAACCUCGGCAUCGCCCCCUUACCUCCGCCGCCUGGAUCGCAACCUGUGGCGCCGCCUCCUGGUAUCUCACCCUUGCCCACUUCGCAAACCUCGCGGACGAGUGCGACAAGCUCGCCCAGUAUUGCCUCCAUACAACCGGCACCCUCAGAACCUAAAUCUGCCGCCUCUGGUACCGUCGAGACCAAGGCCCCCGAGCCGGCUCCGAGCGCGACGCCUGGCCCGAUAUCAAAGAAGGCAGAGAAGGCGGCAGCAAAGGCAGCAGCAAAGGCCGCAAGGGAGGCCGAGGCUGCCGAGUCUUCAAAAGCACCGCAAACGAAUGGUAUUGCCAACGGCGUCAAGUCGGCGACUGGCACAGAUGAGAAGGAGGAGGAGUGCGUGUACCAUCUACCAGCAUCCCUGCAGGAUCUUGUAGAAUCCUUCGAAGUCACAAAGAAGCGCUCAUUACCAGUGAACUCGCCGUCACAUCUAAGAAUGAUGGAGGUGUCGCAGAGCCAAACGCCGGCUAUUGCAGACGCAGAGGCACCGAGGAAAUACAAGCCAGAUCAGAGGUAUUCUUCCGCAUCCCAGUAUCCCCAGGAGCCAUUGGCGAUCUUUGACGACCCGCGGUUGUACUCCCGCAUCGAUCCCGACACGCUAUUCUAUGUCUUUUACUAUAAGCAAGGGACAUACCAACAGUACCUGGCGGCCAAGGCACUGAAGGAUCAGAGCUGGAGAUUCCACAAGCAGUAUCAAACCUGGUUCCAGAGACACGAAGAGCCCAAGUCAAUUACGGAAGAGUUCGAGCAGGGCACCUACCGCUUCUUUGACUACGAAUCGACCUGGAUGAACCGAAGAAAGGCGGAUUUCAAGUUCGCCUACCGGUUCCUCGAGGACGAGGUCUAA